UGCUCCUUGGUCCUACCUGUUCCUCGGUCCAGCAGUGUCCUCAUCACCUCAUCAUCUUUAGUGUGGGCACCCAGCUGUGACAGCUUGCGGCUUCACAGCCUGAUGCCCAAUGCACAUGCAUGAGAAGCGCUGCGCUUUGUGAAUGGCCCCGUAGUCUUCUGGGACCUGUCACAUGUCCCAGAAGACUACGGGGAGAGAGGGCGAGGAACAUACAUUUCCCUUCAGCGGGUACUUGUCAAAUUCGGGUACCCGCCCCCCCUCCCCGCUCCCCAAAGGUCUGCAGUCUCUGGUCAUCUUCUGUACUAUGUCCGCAGUCUCUGGUCAUCUUCUGUACUAUGUCUGCAGUCUUUGGUCAUCUCCUGUACUGUGUCCGCAGUCUCUGGUCAUCUUCUGUACUAUGUCUGCAGUCUCUGGUCAUCUCCUGUACUAUG